AUGUCCGACAUCGAAAACCUCGACAAGCUCGACAAGCUCGACAAACUCACGCUCAAUAGCGAUGACACGCCGCGCAAGCCCGCACUACUCGCCGACGUCGAGCAGGAGCGCCACGUCUACAAUGCGACGACCAAGCUCUCGGCCAUCAUGACCGUCAUCUUCUCGGGAAUCGCCCUCGUCUCGGACGGAUACAACGUCCAGGUCAUCGGAUACCUCAUGCCCCUCUUUGCCAACUUGUACCCGGACUCGUUUACGCCUACGCUCAAGACGCGCAUCUCCAACGCCUUCUUCAUCGGACAGAUUGUUGGCAUGCUCGCCUUUGGCGCACUCAUCGACCGCAUUGGCCGCAAGUUCGGCAUCGUCCUCACUACCCUCCUCCUCAUUGCUGGUAUUGCGCUUUCGGCCGCUUCGCACGGGACUAGCGAUACAGGCAUGUUCUGGAUGCUCAUCGUCGCCCGGGGUCUCGCCGGUGUCGGCGCCGGCGGAGAGUACCCCGUCUGCGCAACGAGCUCGAUCGAGGCCGCAGACGAGACUGCCCAUGUCCGCAAGCACCGCGGAUUCCUCGUUGCGUCGGUCGGCUGCUUUGCUAUCGACACCGGUUUCGUCGUCGCUGGCCUCGGCGUGCUCAUCAUCCUCGCUGCUUACGGCGUCACCGCACACACCCCUCCCACCGACACCACCGGCUUUGCUGGAACAUGGCGCAUCGCCCUCGCUAUUGGUCUUGUGCCCCCUCUCGCCGUCUUCUUCUUCCGCCUCCGCAUGCUCAACUCAACCGCGUAUCGCAACAACGCGAUGAAGGGCUCCCAACUUGGCUUCCGCGUCUUCUACCUCGCCUUCCGCCGCUACUGGCGCCGCAUCAUCGGCACCUGCCUCUGCUGGUUCCUCUACAACUUCACGUCCUACCCCUUCGGCUUGUUCACGACCUCCAUCGUCUCCCAGCUCAACCCCCAGAACACCAUCAUGCAGAACAUUGGUUGGGGCACCCUCGUCCUCGCUUUCCUCCCCUUCGGCUGCCUCGUCGGCGGGGUCCUCAUGGACGUCAUCGGCCGUAAGCAAACCCAGGCCCUCGGUUUCAUCGUCACCGGUAUCAUCGGGUUCAUCCUUGGCGGCGUGCUCGGCAAGAUCCAGAACCACCCCGCCGCCUUCAUCGUCGUGUACGGCCUGUUCCUCGCCGCUGCAGAGGCUGGCCCCGGUGUCGCUACCCUCCUCAUCUCGGGUGAGGUGUAUCCCACUGCCCUUCGUGGCCACAUGCUCGGUCUCUCGGCUGCGUUCGGCAAGGCCGGCGCUGCCAUCGGCACUCAGGUUUUCAACCCCAUCCAGAACGCCUUCGAGGACGAGUUCAAGGGCCAGCAGGCUGUCUUCCUCAUCGGCUCGGCCAUCUCCAUCCUCGGCGCUAUUGCGACGUUGGCGCUCAUUCCCAACCACAACGACAUGCUCGAGGACGAGGACGAGGCGUGGCGCGCUUACCUUGAGGAGAAUGGUGUCAGCACUUCCAACAUGGGCGAGCCCAUCGAGGCGUCCGCUGCCGGUGGCAUGCGCCGCAUGAUCGAGCAGUCGGGUAUGGAGACCGAGGGCAACAAGGUCUAG